AUGAAUAGCUGGCAACGAUUCAAGGAGACGGAGUUACCUCCCAAAAAGGCCUUCUAUAGCAAGUUGAAGAUGAAGGUGAUUAGCGAUGAAGACUACGAACACGCUCAAAAAGUCUGGAAUGUCAUCAAUCCAAAAGGUGCUGAGGUCAACAAGGGUGACUACCAUGAUAUAUACCUCGUCGCGCAUGUCCUGAUAUUGACUGACAUCUUCCACAGCUUUCGAAACGUGUACCUGGAUCAAUACAAGCUCGAUCCUGCCCAUUUCUACAGCGCACCAGGCCUGGCAUGGAAAGCAGCGUUGAAAUACACCAAGAUCAAGCUGGAGCUUCUAACGGAUCCUGAUAUGCUACUGAUGUUUGAAAAAGGUAUUCAAGGUGGUAUAACUCAAGCAGUGCACCGCUACGCAAUAGCAAAUAACAAGUAUAUGGGGGAUCAAUAUGUCCCGGAGAUUGAGUCGUCAUACUUACAGUACCUUGACGCCAACAACCUCUAUGGUUGGGCCAUGCGUCAAGACCUACCCACGCAUGGGUUCAAAUGGCUAUUGAACGUUGAAACCUUUACAGAGAAGAAGAUUGAGAAAUUGGUCGCUGACAACAAGCAUGGAUAUUUGUUAGAGAUUGACACCGAUUACCCAAAGAUCCUACACGACAAGCACAACGAGCUGCCUUUACUGCCGGAGCGCAAGGUGGUUCACAGGGUCGAGAAACUGAUACCAAAUCUUGAACAUAAGCGGAAAUACGUGGUACAUAUCGGGGCUCUUCAUCAAGCCCUGAAACACGGGCUCGGGCUCAAGAAAGUGCACAAGUUUAAUCAAAAGCCCUGGCUGAGGGACUAUAUAGAUCAUAACACAAGGCUUAGAAAGGCCUCCAAAAACGAGAUCCAGACGGACUUCUACAAGACUAUGAUUUUAUCGGUCUUUGGAAAGGCAAUAGAAAAUAUACGCAAUCAUCGGAACAUAAAGCUAGUCACGAAUGAAGCUGCCUAUACGAAGCUCGUCAUGCAACCAAACUUUAGGGGCGGGAACUACUUCAGUGAGAACCACAUGGGUGUUGAAAUGGGAAGAAUGGGAAUUAAGAUGAACAAGCCCGUGUAUGUUGGUCAAGCUAUUUUAGAUCAGUCAAAGACCAUCAUGUACGAGUUCCACUACGACUAUAUGCAGCCCAAUUAUGGUAGCAAGCUGCGGAUUUGCUAUAUGGAUACCGAUUCCUUCAGCUAUCACAUUAGAACAGAGGAUCUUUACCGCGAUAUUGCCGAAGAUGUAGAGACACGUUUUGACACGAUUGCCUAUAGCAAAGAUGACAGCAGACCUCUCCCUCCCCCCAUUGGCAAAAACAAAAAAGUCGUGGGCUUGUUGAAGGAUGAGCUAAGCGGUAAGAUCAUGACGGAAUUCAUCACCUUGAGACCGAAAGCUUAUGCAUACAAAGCCUUAACUAAAGAGGGUGGUGAUCCCAAAGCUAAAGGUGUAUGUAAAAAAGUGUGUCACAAAGAAAUCCAUCACCUUUGA